AUGUUCUACUGGCUUUUAUUUGUGCUUUUGUUCACUUUUCAAGUAUCAGCCACGACGUUUCAAUUUCAUCUCUAUCAUACAGAUCGUGUAAGUAGCAAUUCGUUGGAUCACGACUGUUUGUUAUACGAUAUACGUUCUAUCAUUCAAUAUUCUCCAACUUCUCAAGAUAAAAAUUCUAAUCAAUAUCAAAUAAUUCCUUACUGUAUACGUCCAUUUGGUUUGCCAUCCAGCUUUUUAGUGAAUAAUGACAAACGUGUCAUUCAUGGGACAUCAAUUGCAUUCGAAGUAUUACAAAAAGAAAAUAUAACAAGUCAACAAUUAUAUUUAUUAUCUGCACCUAUUGACGUUGUUGAACGAUAUCAAGAAUUUCUCGAAAAGCCAAAUUCAUCUUUAUCAACACAAGUAUUUAACAAUUGUUCAAAACCAUGGUUCGGUGAAUAUUGUCAAUAUUCAUUUAAUUUGACAUGGUUUUUCGAUGGGAUUCUAUGGGCUUAUUUCAUGCAUCCUAAACAAGAAAUAAAUAAUGUAUUCAAGAACGGAACAUGUUAUACACUCAUAGAAUGUAAUCGAGGUCCAUCACCAUCUUGCCUCGACUGGCGUGAAAUAUGCGAUGGAAAAAUCGAUUGUUUGGAUGUUGGUCAAGAUGAAAUCGGUUGUGACAUGUUACAUAUAAAUGAAUGCAAAGAGAAUGAGUUUCGUUGUAGCAAUGGAUUUUGCAUUCCAAAAGAAUUUUUCAAUGAUGAUUCUUCGAAUCCAGAUUGCAUCGAUCGUUCGGAUGAAAAGUAUGACAAUAUGGAGGAUAACCUGUUAGGACAACCUGUGUGCGAGACAGAUCCGACUUUCCGCUGUGAAGAAACAACAUGUCGAAAUGAACAUUUUCUAUCAUGUGGUAAUGGCCAAUGUACUAUGCAUAAAUGUAGUAGCAGUCGUGAGAUUCAAUUAAAAAAAGCAAAAUUAUCUCAAGAUGCAAAUUCUCAUUUAUUAUUCAAUUGUUGGAGAAGUUUGAUUUGUUUGACAAUUCCAUUUUUUGAUCGUCAAAAUCUCUUUGGUGAAGUGGAAUGUGGACAAGAAAAUAAGAAUGAAAAUCUCUUUCGAGAAAGCUGUUCGGCACUUUUCUUCUUUCCUGCUCAGCCAAUAAUGCUGAAUCAUGUUCGCUUUGCCUAUGCAAAUAAUCUAACAAAUGUAUAUGAUGAUGAGUUCGGUAUUCUUUUACCUCAUUAUAUAUGUUACGAUCAAGAAUUUUGCCAAUGGAUUCCAGCUACUAUAUUGAUUCAUGGUUUAACUUGCCGACAUUCCUCUGAGUUCGAUACAGGUGAAACAUUGAAAGAGCAAUCAAAUACCUUCGAGAGUCGCAUAUUAAACUUUUUUCUCAAAUGUUCGACCACAACAACUAAUUAUGUUAAGUGUCCAAAGUCAAAACCAUUUCGAUGUGCAAAUUCAUCAAAAUGCAUCGCUUUGAAUCGACUUCUUGAUGGUUUUCCCGAUUGUUUUCAAGAAGAUGACGAACAAAUCACAAAUAGUUGUUCGUUACCGGAUAUUGAUUAUCGUUUUCGAUGUACCUCGGAGAAGAAAUGUGUCCCUAUGACUAGUACUAAUAAGUUGAAACAGAUGUGUAUCGGUGGAGAAGAUGCGUCUAAACUUAUGCCUGGUUUAAAUCCAAUGAUUUUUCAUCUGUCAUUCACAAUACUUUGCGAUGGUUUUAUCGACCAUACCAGAAUGGAUGGGCUUAACUACACAGAUGAAAUGGACUGUGAAGAAAAUUGGCCUUGUAACAAUGCAUAUACACGAUGUAAUGGAAAAUGGAAUUGUCGCAAUGCAAUCGAUGAAGCUAACUGUCCUUAUAAUCCAUGUCGUCCAAAUGGUCAUCCUUGUAUAUUGCCAUUUAGUCACAAUUUUACUUGUUUACCUCUCUCGCGAAUCAAUGACGGUCAUAUUGAUUGCGUAGGUGGUUAUGAUGAACAAGAUCGAUGUGAACGAAAGUUGGGAUCAUUUAUCAGUAAAACGUAUCGUUGCUUCAACGAGACACAGUGCGUUUAUAUGUAUGAGAUGUGUAGUUCAAACGUACAACAUUGUUCAUCAGGAGAUGACCAAGAUCUAUGGUGUAGAAAGUUAAAUUUAUCAUAUUUUUCAGAUUAUAAGAAUAUUUAUCAACAACCACGCGAUUUCGAUUAUGACUUCUAUUGGUUUCAACUAAAUUCUGGUCUUCGGAAAGAUUCUUUUGUCUAUUUUACAUUGAAAAAUCAUCUCCUCUAUCCUCCCGCUAUUGAGACAAUUACCAACGAGUAUAAUUCUAUCGCAGCAACAACUGUAGAAACUGUUCAUUCUAAUCCAUUUGAUUUCAAUUGGCAUUUGGAAUCGAGGAAUCAUGGCUUAAGUUCAAUUUGUAAUCGUGGAAUUCUUAUUUAUGUCAAUAAUUUCUCAGAAAACUCUUGUUUAUGUCCGCCAGCCUAUUUCGGAUAUCGAUGCGAAUAUCAAAAUCAACGAAUUAGUCUUACAUUACAGUUUCUAACAGUUGAAUUGCGAACAAUAUUCAAUUUUGUUAUUAUGCUUAUUGAUGAAAAUACAAACAUUCAUUCUUCGGAACAAAUUGAUUAUGUAUUCGUACGUGAUUGUCGGAAAAAAUUCAAUUUCUAUUUUCUCUAUUCGACACGACCAAAAAAUAUCAAUCGAACUUAUUAUGUACGUAUUGAUACAUAUAAUAAAGAAAAAAUGGAAUAUUAUGUUAGUAUGAUCUAUCCUAUUCAAUAUUCAUUCUUACCAGUACAUCGUCUUUCAUUACAAGUCAAUGUUCCGGUACCAGAAGUUAGAACCAAAUCGAAAACUUGUCCUUUGAAAUGUGUGCAUGGACAAUGUAGACAUUAUUCUAAUUCCGAUCAAUACUUCUGUCAAUGUUCUGAAGGCUAUUCUGGAAUUUUAUGUGGAAUAGAGAAUUCAUGUAAUUGUUCAUCAGGUUCGAUUUGUAUUGGAGUUGUAAACAAUCGAUCAAUAUGUGUUUGUCCUCUUGAUAAAUUUGGACCACGUUGUUAUUUGAAAAGGACAAUUUGCGUUUCGAAUCCGUGUUCUAAUAAUAGUCGAUGCAUUCCUGGUGAUGAGAAAAAUGCCGAAAUGGAAUACUUUUGUCUUUGUUCUCAAGGUUACAUGGGUUCAAGAUGUGAAAAUCUCGAGUCAAAAAUCGAAUUUCAUUUUUCUAAAACUAUAUUCAUUCCACAAACAAUUUUCAUUCAUUUUGUCUAUAUUCCACCAAUACCUAAUAUAUCUGAUAAUCUACCUCCUCCUCCUGAUCCAACACAGAUAACUAUGAUGUUGAAAUUAAAGUUUCAUGAAAGUUCGACUAUUGUUUAUUAUGGAGGAGCAUUUCAUCUAGUAUUUGUAGAAUUUCAUCAACAGUAUUAUCUUGCUUUACUUCAACAUAAUUUUAUAUCAGCAAUGAAUAUUUCAACGACAAUUAUUCCUGAACAUCGAUGUUUAUCAACCAAAGACUUAUUCACUGAUGAUAUUCGAGCCUUACCACGAUGGCAUCGUGCUAAAAAAUAUCAUAUUCCAUGCCAAAAAUAUCCAAACCUUACAUGUUUCUAUGACAGUGAUUACUUUAUGUGUCUAUGUGACAUUGAUCGAUAUCCAAAUUGUUUCAAAUUUGACUAUCCUUCUACUUAUAAUUGUUUAGGAUAUAAUUAUUGUGAAAAUAAUGGUCAAUGUUUUCAAGACCAUAAUACUUGUCCAACAUCAUCGGCAUGUUUGUGCAAAGAAUGUUAUUAUGGUAGUCGAUGUCAAUUUAUUACAACAGGAUUUGGCCUAUCACUCGAUGAUAUUCUUGGCUAUAAUAUUUGGCCAAAUGUUUCUUUCUUACGACAACCGACUGUAGUGAAAAUCACCACAGCCUUUACAGUACUGAUGUUCAUUAUUGCUAUUAUCAAUGGUAUUUUAUCUAUCAUCACUUUUAAAACGAAGCGAACACUUGAAAUAGGUACCGGUGUAUAUCUACUUGCUUCAUCAAUCACAUCGCUUAUAACAAUGACAUUAUUUACUCUCAAAUUUUUCUUACUUGUCUUUUCUCAAAUGUCAAUAAUUACUAAUUAUUCUUUUCUUUUAUCGCAUUGUAUAUGCACAGACAUACUUUUGAAAGCAUUUUCGGCAAUUGGAGAAUGGUUAAAUGCUUGUGUAAGUAUUGAACGAAUAUUUACUAUUCGACUUGGAAUCAAAUUCAAUAAAGUAAGAAGUAAAAAAGUUGCUAAAAGAGUGAUCUUCGGAUUAUAUCUUUUCAUCUUGGCAAGUUUUCUUCAUGAUCCUUUAAAUCGUCAUUUACUUGAAGAUUCAGAAGAACGACGUACAUGAACUACAGCAACAACAACAACAAAAGCUCCCAGAGACGUUUCAUAUAAACGAUUCAGAUAUAUCUGUUCAUCAAUUAUUCCUCAAAUAGGAUAUAAUGUAUGUUCAUUAAUUGUAAGUGAUCGGUCAACAGAAAAAUUAUCAAAAAUAUUUCUUGAAUAUUUUGAUGGACGAAUUUCUUUAAUCUUUCCAAAAUUGAAAUGUCUAACAUUUCUAGAAGUAACUACUGAUGUAUUGUUAUCAUUUAUUGAUAAUUUAACUAAUUUGAAAGAUCUAAUUCAAUUGAAUAUUUAUUCUUUAAAUCGAAACAAUAUCGAUACAGAUGGAAUACAAAUAUUAUUAAAUAAAAUAUUUUCCGCUAAUAAUUCUCGAUUAAAUACAAUUUGUUAUGAUCAUCAAUCGAUACCUUUAACAGUUAUUGAUCAAAAUAAUCAUUUAUUAUAUUCAAAUAUAAAAAAAUUAGAAAUUUUUCUUGAAAGAUUACACGAUCUUCAUCAUUUAUUAACUCGUUUACCACAAAUUGAAAUAUUUCAUGUUGGUCUUCAGUAUGAAUCAUCGGAAUUUAACCAUACAAAAGAAUAUUCUCCUGUUGAAAGUCUUAUUGAAUUAAAUUUAAUAUCAUUAGGAUAUUCAUUUAAUUUUAAUGAACUUGCAUCUAUAUUAAAUCGAACAAAAAAAAUUGAAAAACUUUCAAUUAAAAUUGAUAAUACAGAUGAUUUACAUUUAAUUAGUGGAAAUUAUUUUAAUUCUUUUUUAUCAUCUUUUCAUUUAAAACAAUUUAAUUAUUUAGUUAAAUAUAUAUCAAAUUCUUCUAUUAAUCAAAAAGAAAUUCUUUCAACAUGGAAACAAUUUUCUCAACAAUUCGAUUGUCUUAUAGAUGAUGAUCAAAAUAAUAUCAUUUUAUAUAGUAUACCUAUUCAUUUUUCACAUAUCGGGAUUUCGACUAGAUUCUUUACCAAUAUAUCUUCUAUCAAUAAUCAUUUUCAUAAAAUUCAAUCUUUACGUUUAUAUGGAGUACCACAUAUCAUAUCUGAAAUAUUUCCAAUAUUAACAAAAUGUAAAAAAAUUAAAUAUUUAGAUUUCAAUGGUGGAGAUGAUGACAUUGUUUUAAAAUUGAGAAAAGAAAAUCAUCUAUGUAAACUUGUUCAUCUUACUCAUUUGUUAUUGUUACGAUCAUCAGUUGACAUAAAAUCUUUUCAAGAAUUACUUCAAUCAUCACCUAAUCUAUUUGAUUUAAAUAUACAUUCAAAACCACUUCAUUCAUUACUCGAUCAACAAUCGAUUUGUCAUAUAUUAGGACAGCAAAUUACUAAUUUAUAUAUUUAUAUAAUAUAUUCUGAUCAUAUCGAACAAAUAACAACAUCUCUAUCUCGUCUUUCAUCAAUAUUCAAAUGUUUAAAACAUCUUUAUAUAAAUAUAAAUAUGAAUGAUACGAUCUCCGAAUCAUUAAUCUUAUCUAUAUUCAAUCAAUUAACUCAAUGGUCUUGUCUUGUAUCACUCGAAAUAUUUGGUUUGUCAGAAAAAUUCCAAGAAAGUAUUCGUCAUUGGUUUCUUAACAAUUCUCAAUUCAAUGAGUCGAAAUCAUUUCUAAGUGAAUAUACUAAACGAAGAUUUCAAUUAUGGCUUUGA